UUCGUGACUGGAAAACGGCCAGACUGGCUGUCCUAUGAAGGUGGGGUGCAGUACCUCAUGGAGUACCUCCGUGCAAGCCUGGGAAAGCCUAGGAUCGCCGAGCUGACAGAGUACUUGAACAGGUACUUUCGCCAAAGCCGGCGUCGUCGCAUGGAGUCGAUGAAUGACUACAUAGUACGGAAGUCAGAUCUGUACUCUCGGGCCAGACAGGCUCUCUCCAGGGUGCAGGGUCACUAUGAAACCCAGCGAGGGCGGCAAACUCAGAGGAGUUGGAGCUCAUGGGGAUCGUCAUGGGGGCAAUGGUCCUAUGGACGAAACGAUUGGGGGCAAUGGCAAGAUCCUGAAGAGCCAGGAGAACGAGGCAGACCUGCAGCUUCCAAUGAUGAUGGACAGAGACAGGAACGAGAAGAGAGCUAUGAGUCACUUCCUGAAGACUCCUGGCAGCCGAGACACUCCAGCUGGGGAACAAACUCCAGUACCUCAGGCUGGAACAACACCCAGGAAGAUGAAGAGUGGCUGCAAACCUCACCAGAACUACUACCAGACUUUCUCCAAGGAUGGUACCUGCUGAUGGACUCUGGCCUUGAUAGCCAGGAACGCAACAUGGUGCAAACAGCAGUGCGAGGCAAUUUCAGCCUGCAGAAGAUUGCACAUGAACUUCGAGCCCAAUGGCCUGAGGAUGAACUCAAGCGCCGAGACCAGCAGCUGAAACAGAACAGUUUCUGGCAGGAAGACCUAGAUGAACCUGAUCAUCACAUGGAGCCCGAGGGUUACAUGACCGCGAUGGGGUUGAUGCAUGAAGGGAUGAAUGAGGAGGGCAUUGCCCUCGUGGGAGAAGCGGAGGAACAAGCCCAAGAGGCACUCCAAGUGCUUCACCAAGCCCGCCGCACUUUGCGGGAGGCUAGGGCCAAGCAGCAUCAGAUCAAAAUGAAUCGACAAUACUAUCAAUCAACCUCCAUCACGAAGCCCAAGAUGUUUGACAAGAACCAGACCAAGCCAGCGAUCACAUGCUUCAAGUGCGGUGGUCCUCACAAAAUCGCACAGUGCCCAGAUCGCGAUGCUCCUGGCACCACCAAGGCAGCCAAUGUCGCGGAAGAGGCAGCGCCAUUCAUCUGCUUCCACGAGGGCCAGAUGACUGAGGAGUGCUUGGGCAUCACAGACAUGAAUCAGAGAAUGACCACGGAUGAGGCGAUCAAGAAAGGCUACGGAGUCAUUGACGGGGGAGCCACCAAAACAUUGGCUUCAGUCUAUGCUCUGGAGGCUUUACAACACCAGAACAUCGAGAAGUACCAGGAUGACCGGGUGCUGAGGGUGGAUCCCAACAACACUCCCAGUUUUGGUUUUGGGAACUCCAGCAAAAACAAGUGCUGUUCCACCGCCACCUUGAAGAUCACAGCCGACCAGAAGCCUGGAGAACUUUCAGUGCAUGCGCUGGACCAAGGCACCGGACCGAUGCUGCUGUCCGUGGACACCCUCCGGCGUUUGGGAGCUGUGAUUGACUUCGCUGAAGACUUGGUAGUUUUUAGGAAUUUAGAUGACCGACGUGUCAUUCAAGCAGUUCGCUCACAGGCUGGUCAUCAGCUUUUGCCGAUUUCUGAUGAUUUGUACAGAGAUGCCAAGGACUGCAAACAGCCAGGACAACUCCUUCCCUCACCAGAGCCUGCUGGUGAACGGAAGGUCCAGUCAAAAGAACAGCAGCUCAAAGUUUCCACUCGUCUACGGCAUCACAGUUCCCGAUCCAUGCCGUCGAUGAAGCGAGAAGAGCUGGUGCAGGCCAUCAGAGCCAUGGGGGAAGAACCACCUCGUCAAUGGUCCAAGACGGAGUUGCAAGUCCGGUUGACGGAGUUGGAGGAGGAGCAUGGGGUGACUCGAGUCAAGGGCCGACAGCACACCAACCUGCAGCUCUGGAUGGUGCGUUUGAACGAGGCCAAGAAGUUGAAGUCCACCCUGGUGACCUUUGUGGAGAACGAGCUGGGCCUCUCUGUCCAGCCCAACCAGACCAUCGCCCGGUUGACACAGGAGGCGGUGGAGAAGAUCUACCACAUCAGCAAGCCCUCAGCUUCCGACCGAAUGGGUUUUGGACGCCAUGCCAACAAGACGUACGAGGAGGUGAUCCAAACGGAGCCAAGCUAUGUGAAGUGGGCCCGCAACACAGUGGCCGAGGGCUCAACAUGUGCGCGUCUUGGGAAGUUUGUCACCUGGCUCGAGAUGUCCGAGAACCCAUCGACCACAAAGAUGGACACCUACACCAGUGUGCCACAGCCUCGAGCCAAGGCCAAGUCCCAGGUCUCUCCUCGCUCAGUGGUCACUCACAGCAGCAGCUCCACCGCCAUGAUGGCCCAGACCCAGGCCAUGUUCGAGACCGUGAUGAAUGCCGUGGGCAGCCUCAAGGAGGAGAUCGACCACCUCAAAGAGGAACAAGAGCUUCAGCAUGAUCGAGGGCGACAACUAGACGCCGUCACCAAUGAUGAGAGAGCUGACGCCACCGGCUUAGUAGCUUCAGACCAGCAGGACACUCAGAGAGUUUCAGACAACAUGCCCAGGUUUUUUGAAAAGGAAUCCCAAGAAAUUGCCCCCAAAGUUUUUCAAGAUUUGAUUGGGAAAAAGAAGACCUGGUUGUUGGAGGUCGCCUGCUCGCCGGAAAGUAGGUUAUCUCAAGAGGUACAACGCCUUGCUGGGUAUGAGGAAGCUGCUGUCAGGUGUUCUCAUUGGAAUAAUUUUGACCUUGAGACGAGUGAAGGGGUUAAAGGGGUUCUCCGCAUGAUUGAUGAGUUGGACCCUCAACAUGUUUGGAUUAGUCCUGUUUGUGGCCCUUACAGUCCUCUUCAGUCGAUCAACCAAAGAACUCAAAGCCAGAUUGAUGAACUUGCGGCCAAAAGAAAAAGAGCUUUGAAGCAGUACAUUGGGGCCAGUUGCAUCUAUCAAUACUGCAUCCAAAAGGGGAUUCACACCAGUUGGGAAUGGUCCGAGAAAUGUCAGGGUUGGAGACUCCCCUUCAUGCAACAGAUGCAGAAGAAAUCCAGUCCUUUCAUCAGUGUUACCCAUGGUUGCAGGGUUGGUUUACGGUGCCCCAAAACUCAUACUCUUCUUCAAAAAGGUUGGAAAGUGAUGUCAACCCACCAACGGAUUUCUGACUUGUUGAACCGUAGGUGUAUGUGCCACAAGGGUUAUCGUCAUGCCAAGUGUGAAGGGGGAUUAGCGGGAAUGACCUCAUAUUACACGGAUGAAUUUGCGAAGUUGGUGCGUCAAGGGAUUUUCCAAGAAGUCACUCUGCCCAUGUUACACCGGGAAAUGGAAGGUCGGGACAACCUCCCCCCAAGUUUUGGUCAUGGACACUUUUGCGUUUGUCAACAUCUUCAUCAUCAUGAAUGCCAUUUGACUUGUGGUUCAUGUCUUCAACAACAGUUUGUGGGAAUUCAAAGACCCGAUGAGUGUAUGAAAGAACAUGCCAUGGUUCAACAACAUUUGGUUCAUGAAAAAUCGGUUGAGGAUAUCCAACGAAAAUUGUAUCUUUUGCAUGCUGCUACUGGACAUUGCAACACACGCCAUUUGGUUGACGCUUUGAAACGGAGAGGGGCCAACAAACAGAUUUUGGAACAAGCCAAGAAUUUUCGGUGUGCCAUUUGUGAGGAAAGUAGAAGGGUUAACCACAAACAUGCUGCCUCCCUUGAACCUUUACCCCCCAAAUUGGCUACUAUUUGUGCGGAUGGGGGUAAGUGGACUCACCCUGUUACCAAUGAAGACUAUGAAUUUGUGCUCAUCAUUGAUGAAGGGUCACGUUUCAGGGUUGCCAAGGUUUUAGCCAGGGGAAAACACCAAACAAUGAACGCAGCACAGUUUUUGGAUUACAUGCAGGAGGGAUGGAUCCAAUAUUUUGGACCACCUCAUACUUUGCGACUCGAUCCCAGCGGCGUUUUCAGAAGCAAUGGUGUAGAACAGUUUUGCGAUCGGCAUGGCAUCUUUUUAGAUGUCAUACCUGGUGGAAGCAAAAUAGGAUCAUGUGAGCAAGCAGUUCGUAGCACCAAAGAAGUGAUGACAAAACUGGCACAGAAUGAACCUGACCUCUCAGUCGAAUCAGCACUGGCUGAAGCAUUGCAACCACCGAGAGAUAGUUUAGCACCUGAUGAGACAGGCCGUUUCAUCUCCAGCCUUUCUGGAGACCAGGCUGAACGACUUCUGGCCAAUCCAAGUCAAGAGUUUCAGGAGAACUGGGAAAGGAUGCGUGUUGCAGAACAAGCUCUCAUCGACUGGCAAACAAAUGAGAGAAUCACCAGGGCUAUGAACUCCAAAGCCCAACCGAAACAUGACUACAGGCCAGGAGAUUUGGUAUACUUUUGGCGAAAGCAGGAAUGGCACAAUGCGCAAGAUCCGAGACAGGCUUUACAGCCCACUCACCGUCAUCGACACAAACGAGCUGUUUCUCAACCUGCUACAACAACUUCUCCCUUUGAAAGGGCAAGCUCCUCAACAGAGAACGCCAAGGCCCGCCGUACGCAGGGCCUCUUGGUUGAAGCACCGGAAACCUCUGUUGAGCAAGCUUGGUGGAAUACGUUGGAUGCAGCAGUUUUUCAACAAUCGGAAGGUGGAAUUUUCUGGUCAGAAGAGCGCGCAUCAGUGGAGAUAGCGAUUGACAUGCCAUAG